AUGAAGAGAGGAGGGUGGCAACCGGUGAUUAAGAGAAGACCAGUGGGAUAUCAGCUAGCUAGAUUCAGAGGAUUAGGAAUGUUCAUCAUUUUUGUGGAUAACUUGCCAGAAUCGAUGGAUCCAAGAGGUUUGUUCAAGUUAUUUAGUAGCUAUGGAGUGGUUAAAGAUGUUUUCAUUCUGAAGAAGAGAAUGAAAGUUAUAGGAACUAGAUUUGGGUUUGUUCGGUAUGAUUGCCAGGUUACAGCAAGUAUGGCAGUUCAAAAAGCUGAAGGGUUGUGGUGUGAUGAUAAAGAACUGAAGGUACAGAUAGCGGAGUAUAGGAAUAAAGAUCAAAAUUUGAAGAUACAGGAGUCAAGAAAGGAGAGCACCAUUGAAGGUCGGAAGGAAGAAGCAAAGGAAACUGAAGAUGGUAAUGAUGUGUCAAUUAAUAAUGAAGUGGCAAGCAAGGUUAAGGACACAGUGGAUGGUGGAACAGUUAAGCUGGACAAAAGAGGAAAGAGGGUGGCAGUAUCAUCAUUGAGGCAAUCUAAUGGAGGCUUAGGAAACUCAACAGGUAGGGGCUUUGUCAGCGUUGGUAUGAUGAAGAUUGUGGAAAGUCCAAGAAAAAAAGGUGGUUGGGAGUAUGCAAAAGAUUGA